AUGUUUCAUGAAUCUCGACAAGAACUUCAACAACACAAGAGGCGUCAUUCGCUUGAUCGGAUUUCGUCGGGACCAUCGACUUCGAGAUCACCCGACUCAACAAUAGUUGAUGUAGAAAUUGGGACUGCACACAAACAGAGAAAUUUGAAUCAAACUCCUUCUCCAGAAAUGCCUCGAGACAACUUCCAAUACCAGCCGACAAGCGACAACACCCGCAGACAUUUCGAUGCUCAAGCCCCCUCGACAAAUCAUGUGCCCAAUCCUGCUUCAAUAGCGCCAAUUGUUCAACAAUUAGCUGAUCAAAUGACCGGUGCUUUUGGCGAAAUCUCUGAUGCUUUUGAGCAUCUUUCAAAUUUGAAGAUUACAGUGACAGAAGAAAGUCAACGCUUUGGUAGAGCCCCAAUUGAACAUAGGAUCGCUCAGAUUAAGUCGUAUACAAAUGAUUAUUUGCGAGAACUUCUCGAGGGAGAAAUACUCGGCAAUCAACGACUGAAUGAGAAAGUUCAACUGGUAACAAAAAGAAAUUUUGAGCUUGAGCGACGAUUGGAGUUUGUGGAGACAAAUAUUGAGCGUGUACAGAAAGAAGCGAUUGAUAAGGCCGAGCAAGUGAUUCGCACGUUGAUUGCCCGUUUCAGUGCCCAAGAGACAAGUCUCAUCACAGCUAGAGAUACCGAAGCAAAUAGUGCACGAGAGCUACGAAACACAAAUCAAAUCAUGCAGGUCACACUGACGACGUUAGAGGAAACAAAAGAUCGGAACAUGGCUGAGAUUGCACAACUACAAAGGGACUAUGCUCAAAAAGUGGAGAAUCUCAAUCAAGUCAGCAUGCAAAAUGAAGAACUAGACAAACAGCUGGAGAACACAAGACGAAGUGAGAAUGAUUUGCAACGACGUUUCAAUGAGCUAGAGCAAAACAUGCGCCGUCUGCAGGAUGAAAGCCGCAAUUUGACACGAGAUUUUAAUCAAUGUAAACAAGACAACACCCGACUCGAGCAACAAGCUACCAAAGACAAGGAGAAGCAUCGACAAGAAUUGGAAAUUCAUCGAGAUAACCUUCAGAAAAGUUGGGAGGAAUUCAGGUUUCGGCUCGAUAAUGAACAUCGACAAAAGCUGUCAGAGUAUGAGCGGGAAAGCAAAAAUCUGCAAAGAGUUCUCGACAAUACAAGAAGGGAUCUUUCCUACGCUCAAGCAAAGGUUCGUGAGCUCGAAUUGAGUCGAGAAGAUUUUGAGCAUGCGGUAAGGGACGAAUUACAAAGAACGAUGAUGGCCAAAUACAGGGAUAUGGUCUUUGAGAUUGCCCCAGAAAGACCAAUUCCUCCACAAACUGUCUCGCUUCCAACUCGCUAUUUUUCAAACUCCACCUCUAGGCCAGACCCAUCGAUGUCAAAUAAAGAAAAUGGUGCUAAAUGUGAUAAUCCGGCAAAUAAACAUGAGCUCCUGAAGCAGGUUAUCACAAAAGCUGUCAAUAAAAGAAACGAGCGACGAUCAGGGCUGGGCGAA